AUGUUGGAAAAUAUUAAGUCCUUCAUCUUUGUUAAAAUACUUGCGUUUCCCCUUUUAUUUUGGAUAUUCCAUUAUAACAAUAAUGUAUAUACCUACUGUAAAUCCAUGAACAAUAAUAGUAUACUAGAUGAGUAUUCAGGUUUAACAAUUAAUAGACUAUUCUCAGAGAAUUCAAUGGAUGUAAUAUUAACUGGAUAUACAUCAGAUCAUAAGGGUGACACUACAUUAAUCGAUGAAAAAAGAAAUAUAUAUAAAAAUGACAGAGACCAUAAAUUACGAAGAAAAAUAAAAGAAAUUUUAUUAAAAGCAGAGGAAAGGAAUAGAUUAGUUAAGAAAAAAAAAUCUUCUUUAUUUAAUAGUAUUGAUUCAUUUAUUGAAAAGAAAAUAUUCAAAGAAUUAGAUUCCAUAAAUCAAAUGCAGUAUAACAUGAAAAUUGAUAAAAAGAUUGCUAAUAGAUUGAUACAUAAAAAGAUAUUUUCAAAAUUUAACCCAGCUUUAGUUAUCCUAUUGUUAGGAUUAAUACUUUUUUCACUCCAUGUUCUUUUUAUGAAACUGGUAAUUAAAGAAGAAAGAGGUUUAGGCGUAUUAAAUAACAUACUAGAUGCAGUACCGCCGGUAUUAUCAGCAGUUUUAUUUUUUGUGUCAGUUUUAGCUGUAUUAGGUAUUGAUUAUACUUCAAAAAAAAUUGAAAAAUUUAAUAGAAAAAAGAGAAGUAAAACUAAUAUUUAUUAUAAUGUUGUUGAUACCUCUGCAAAAAGAAAUAUUUAG